CACAAGGUUUGUAUUAUCGACUCUAUGGUAAAUUUGAAUCCCACAAAAUAAGCUUUUAGUAUUAGAUCCGCUUUUUAAUUCAUUACUAUACCUAUUCUUUCUACAGAAAGUACAUCUCCACAUUCAGAAUCCCACUUUCCUUAAGAUCAAGAAUGGUGACUAGUGAUGAAGGCAGUAGUAGUAGUAUUAUUGUUCACAAUAGUGAUGGUCUCAAGAAAAGAGGAUGUGGAUGUAGAAAAGAUGAUUUCUUGCCGGAAGAGUCAUUCAAGAACUGGAGAAACUAUGUUAAGGCAUUGUCUAGUACAAAAGAAAGGCUUAAGGAUCGCAUUUUGUCGCGAUCGAAGGAUAGUUUGGAGUUAGAUGUAAUGCGAGGGCGUAGUGAUCACGAAAUGAAAAAGACUCUAAAUUGGUGGGAUAUAAUUUGGUUUGGAAUAGGAGCAGUAAUGGGUGCAGGUGUUUUUGUCCUAACAGGAGAAGCUGCUAGAAAUGAUGCAGGUCCUGCUGUUAUACUAUCAUAUUUAAUAUCAGGUAUAUCUGCAUUACUAUCAGUCUUAUGUUAUAGUGAAUUUGCUGCAGAAUUACCGGUAGCAGGAGGCUCGUUCGCCUAUCUGAGGGUGGAGCUAGGCGAUUUUAUAGCAUAUAUAGCUGCAGGAAACAUAUUGUUUGAGUACAUUGUUUCUGGUGCUGGUGUAGCAAGGUCUUGGACAUCUUAUUUUGCUACUCUCUGCAAUCAUGAUCCUAAUAGUUUUCGAAUACAUGUGACAUCUCUUGCAGAAAACUAUAAUUACUUGGAUCCGAUUUCUGUUGUCAUUUCGAUCAUUAUCUGUAUAGGUGCUUGUUUGAGUACCAAAGGAUCAUCAAGAUUCAAUUCAAUUGCUACAAUGGUUCAUCUGCUAGUCUUGUCUUUUAUCCUCGUAGCCGGUCUUAUGAAAGCAAACCCGAAAAACUAUGCAAAUUUUGCACCUUUCGGAAUUCGAGGGAUUCUUAAGGCUUCAGGAAUGCUAUUCUUUGCUUAUGUUGGGUUUGAUGGAGUUGCUACUUUAGCUGAGGAGAUAAAAAAUCCUGGUAGAGAUAUUCCAAUAGGACUAAUUGGUUCUAUGUCUAUUGUUGUACUAGUUUAUUGUCUUCUUGCAGCAACACUGAGCUUUAUGCAGCCUUAUACUGAAAUCGAUGCCAAUGCGCCUUUUUCGGUAGCAUUUCAAGCUGUUGGGAUGAACUGGGCAAAGUACAUUGUUGCAAUAGGUGCAUUAAAGGGUAUGACAACAGUUCUAUUAUCUAAUAUCAUCGGUCAAGCUCGUUACUUCACGCACAUUGGUCGAACACAUAUGGCGCCUCCUAUACUUGCUGUUGUAAAUGAAAAAACCGGCACGCCUGUAAAUGCAACUAUUAUUAUGACAUUUGCAAACUCCAUUGUUGCUUUCUUUACUAGCCUUGAUGUUCUGUCUAAUCUUCUUUCGAUAGCAACUCUAUUCAUUUUCUCCCUCGUGGCACUCGCGCUACUAGUGAGACGGUACUAUGUUAGUGGUGAGACAUCAGAGUUCGACAGAAAGAAACUGGUGGGAUUUUUGCUGCUGAUUUUAGCAUCUUCGAUCGGUUCUGCAGCUUACUGGGCAGCUGCACAUGGGUGGAUUGGUUAUGCAGUGACAGUACCAAUCUGGUUUUUUUCGACUUUAGGAUUACAACUUACGUUGAAGCAAGCAAAGAAGCCGAAAGUCUGGGGAGUGCCAUUAGUGCCUUGGUUGCCAAGUGCUUCAAUUGCUGUGAAUGUGUUUAUACUGGGAUCUAUUGAUGGAAAAUCAUUUAUCAGGUUUCUAAUUUGGACAGGAAUAUUGCUCUUAUAUUAUUUUUUCAUCGCGCUUCACGCUUCAUAUGAUGCAGCAAAGGAGAUUAGAGGAAAAGCUGAUGCAAUAACCAACAUUGAAGCAGGAGUUACCUCAUGAAAUUACUACUGUUAAAGGUUGUUUUCUGGUUUUAUUUAGUGUUUUAUAUGCUAGGAUUAGAACAUUUUUUGUUUUUUUAACUCUUUUGCUCUUUCAGAAUGUCACUGAAGAAACAGAAAUGUUAAAUUUUGCUGAAUUUAAGUCCAGAAAUAUUUAUGUUGUCAUAGGCUAA